AUGGAGGGAGGAGUGAUGGAGAGAGAAGUGAUGUCUGAGAAGCCAGUCAUACAGACACAGCCCUCCACGCUGCCCUUCUUCGACACAGCCCACGCCUUCAACCUGCUCCGGGGGAUCCACGAGCUCCGCGCAGAGCGCAAGUUCUUUGACGUCACGCUCUGCGCCGAGGGCCGCGAGUUCCACUGCCACCGGACUGUGUUGGCCGCAGCCAGCACCUACUUCAGGGCCAUGUUUGCCGGGACGCUGAGAGAGAGUGCCAUGGACAGCGUGGUCCUUCACGAAGUGUCUGCUGAACUACUGGGCCUGCUGGUGGACUUCUGUUAUACAGGCCGAGUCACAGUCACCCAGGAUAACGUAGACCUCCUGCUGAAGACGGCCGACCUGUUCCAGUUCCCCUCCGUUAAAGAGGCCUGCUGUGCCUUCUUGGAGCAGAGGUUAGAUGUCUCCAACUGCCUGGAGAUCCAGGACUUUGCCGAGGCCUACGCCUGCCGUGACCUGGCCGUCAGUGCCCGCCGCUUCGUCCUCAAGAACAUUGUGGACCUAGCCAAAGGUAAGGACUUUGAGCGGUUGCCCUGGAAACGGCUGCUGGAGUUCGUGUCGGACGAUGCGCUGUGUGUGGACAAGGAGGAGACGGCCUAUCAGAUCGCGGUGCGCUGGGUCAAAGCUGACCUACAGAGGCGGCUCCACUACUGGCCCGAGCUGCUGCAGCAGGUCAGACUACCCUUUGUGCGUCGGUUCUAUCUACUCGCCCACGUGGAGAGCGACCCCCUGGUUUACCUCUCCCCCUCUUGCCUGAGAAUGGUGAGCGAGGCCCGGAGUUUCCAGUCGUGUGAAUACGACCGGCACGACAGGCCCUGCCAACGCAUGCGGCCGAGGCCCUCCACUGGCCUGGCUGAGAUCCUGGUGGUGGUGGGCGGCUGUGACCAGGACUGUGACGAGCUUGUCACUGUGGACUGUUAUAACCCUCAGACUGGACAGUGGCGCUACCUGGCUGAAUUCCCCGACCACCUGGGAGGGGGCUACAGUAUGGCUGCCCUGGGCAACGAUAUGUAUGUCACAGGUAGGUUUCAAUGCUCAUGAUACAUUCUUGUACACUAUUUAUAUUUGGUAACACAACUUAUCAAGGUAUACUUUACAUUGGAUUAUUGAUGGGUAAUUGGUAGUUUAUACAUGUGAAAAGAUAGAAAAUGUAUUGGAUUUUACUGGAUAUAGCAGCAUCUCUUUAUACUGUGGGCUAUAUGUUUAAACACAAUCUACAUCUAGUGUGAUGUGUUUAUAUACAACGGACAGCAGUUUACAUAAGUGUGAGUAUAAAUAAACCACAGCCAGCCACUCUGGCUAUAUGAGAGAGGGAGGAGCAUUGAGGUGAGCUAGCUAGGCGGGAGGAACAUGGUGUCCUGCCAAGACUACAGCAGUGGUCGGUGGGCUCAUCACUGAGAGACAGACCUGGGUUAAAAUACUAUUUGAAAUCUUUUAUAUACUUUGAGAGUGUAUUUGAACACGCCUGGAGUGCCAGAUUGGCAGUUUUGUCCAUUUUGGGACGAUCCUAUUGGUCCAUUAAUUAAGCCAGGCAAGCUCAAAUCAAGCAAUGAUAACCUAUUUUAAAUUAUUUUAAAUAGUACUUGAACCCAGGUCUGUCUGAGAGGCCAUCAUCAUCAGCGAAUGGCCUUCAGGAUCAGGAAAAGACAGUGUUUCCAUUGAGAAAACAUCCCAGGCCCUCACACGCUCCCUGUAAUUCUGGCAGGACAGUGAUGGGGGUCAUAAAUCAUUAGCAGUGCUCUCAUACCUUACAGCCACUGGCAGUAGGAUCUUUAGGAGCAGGUGGCUGCAGCACAGGGCACAUGGUUGGGGAAUGGGCUAGUGUUAUGAAAGGUGUCCUCAUGCUGACAGAUUGAUUUAAUAGGGUACCUUUGAUUCAACGUCCUUGUGGCAAUAUUGUCAUUACACCUACAAGGUGAAGCUACAGCUGCAACACAGACAUAGAAUAUGAGUACAGCACAUGGCGAGGAAACUGAAAGAAGUAUUAAAGUAUUGAAAUGAAGAUGCAUGCUUCAGCUUGCUGUUUGGGGUUUCUGUAUCAGCAGUGCAUUCGGAAAGUAUUCAGACCCCUUUUUCCACAUUUUGUUACGUUACAGCCUUAUUCUAAAAUUGAUUAAAUAAAUGUUUUCCUUAAUCUACACACAAUACCCCAUAAUGACAAAGCGAAAACAGGUUUUUAGACAUUUUUGCAAAUAUAUUAAAAAUAAAAACCGAAAUACCUUAUUUACAUAUGUAUUCAGACCCUUUGCUAUGUGACUCGAAAUAGAGCUCAGGUGCAUCCUGUUUCCAUUGAUCAUCCUUGAUGUUUUUACGACUUGGAGUCCACUUGUGGUACAUUCAAUUGAUUGGACAUGAUUUGGAAAGGCACACACCUAUCUAAAUAAGAUCCCACAGUUGACAGUGCACAUCAGAGCAAAAACCAAGCCAUGAGGUCGAAGGAUUUAUCCGUAGAGCUCCGAGACAGGAUUGUGUCCAGGAACAGAUCUUGGGAAGGGUACCAAAAAAUGUCUGCAGCAUUGAAGGUCCCCAAGAACACAGUGGCCUCCAUCAUUCUUAAAAUGGAAGAAGUUUGGAACCACCGAGACUCUUUCUAGAGCUGGCCGCCCGGCCAAACUGAGCAAUCCGGGGAGAAGGGCCUUGUCAGGGAGGUGACCAAGAACCCGAUGGUCACUGACAGAGCUCCAGAAUCCUCUGUGGAGAUGGGAGAACCUUCCAGAAGAACAACCAUCUCUGCAGCACUCCACCAAUCAGGUCUUUAUGCUAGAGUGGCCAGACGGAAGCCCCUCCUCAGUAAAAAGGCACAACAGCCCGCUUGGCGUUUGCCAAAAAGGCACCUAAAGGACUCGCAGACCAUGAGAAACAAGAUUCUCUGGUCUGAUGAAACCAAGAUUGAACCUGAAUGCCAAGCAUCACGUCUGGAGGACACCUGGCACCAUCCCUAAGGUGAAGCAUAGUGGUGGCUGCAUCAUGCUGUGGGGAUGUUUUUCAGCGGCAGGGACUGGGAGACUAGUCAGGAUCGAGGGAAAGAUGAACGGAGAAAGGUAUAGAGAGAUCCUUAAUGAAAACCUGCUCCAGAGCGCUCUGGACCUCAGACUGGGGUGAAGGUUCACCUUCCAUCAGGACAACGACCCUAAGCACACAGCCAAGACAAUGCAGGAGUGGCUUCGGGACAAGUCUCUGAAUGUCCUUGAGUAGCCCAGCCAGAGCCCGGACUUGAACCCGAUCGAACAUCUCUGGAGAGACCUGAAAAUAGCUGUGCAGCGACGCUCCCCAUCCAACCUGACAGAGCUUGAGAGGAUCUGUAGAGAAGAAUGGGAGAAACUCCCCAAAUACAGGUGUGCCAAGCUUGUAGCAUCAUACCCAAGAAGACUCGAGACUGUAAUCGCUGCCAAAGGUGCUUCAACAAAGUACUGAGUAAAGGGUCUGAAUACUUAUGUAAAUGUGAUAUUUACACAAUUCUUUCGACCUCAUAGCUUGGUUUUUACUCUGACAUGCACUUUCAACUGUGGGACCUUUUAUAUUGACAGGUGUCCAAAUCAUGUCCAAUCAAUAGCAUUUACCACAGGUGGACUCUAAUGAAGUUGUAAAAACAUCAAGGAUGAUCAAUGGAAACAGGAUGCAUCUGAGCUUAAUUUCGAGUCUCAUAGUAAAGUGUCUGAAUACUUAUGCAAAUAAGGUAUGUUUUUAAUUUUUUAAUAAAUGUAAAAAAUGUCUAAACCUGUUUUAGCUUUGUGAUUAUGGGGUAUUGUGUGUAGAUUGAUGAGGGGAAAAAACGAUUUAAUCAAUUUUAGAUUAAGGCUGUAACGCAACAGUGGAAAAAGUCAGGGUCUGAAUACUUUCCGAAUGCACUGUAUUCUGGAGGUCCACUUCCACAUAAAGCUGAUCCCCAUAUCUCAUGUCUGGUUGACGUAGUGGUGAUUUCCUCACUGCUAGAACAGCCAAGGGUGAUGCAUGGGGUUUCAAUUAGCACCACUUAGCUGUAACCUGACCAUGUGAAGAACAGCAUGACUUUUGUGGAUCUCUUCCAUCUCUGACACACCUCUCUCCUGUCCUUUGCACCCUAGGAGGAUCUGACGGCUCGCGUCUCUACGACGGCGUGUGGCGCUACAACUCCAGCGUCAACGAGUGGACCGAGGUGUCGCCCAUGCUCAAAGCCCGGGAGUACCACAGUUCCUGUGUCCUCAGGGGUCAGCUGUACGUGGUGGCGCCAGACAGCACGGAGCGCUACGACCACGCGCUUGACUGCUGGGAGGUCCUGCCCCCCAUGCUGCACGCCAUGGACAACUGCUCCACCACCACCUGUAGGGGGCGUCUCUACGCCAUCGGCUCCAUGACCACCACAGGGGAGGACAACAUGGCCAUACAGUGUUACGAUGUGGACACCAACCGCUGGACCCUGGUCAACUGUGGCGAGCUGCCCCCGUGGUCCUUCGCUCCCAAGACGGUCACUCUCAAUGGGCUCAUCUACUUUGUCAGGUGAGGAAAAUAUGGACAGGAAUGUGGGACAGUGAAAAAGUAUUUGAAAAUACUUUAAAUUCUCAAUGGGAUGAGGUAAAAAUAAACUUGCUAUUAAUGUGGAAGUACAUAGAGGUUAAUCCUUCUGUCCUAAUAUUAAGGACAGCUGUAGCUGUUAAACAGAAACGGAGGAUGUAUGGUAUAUGGUUUUACAUUUAGCAGAUGCUCUUAUCCAGAGCAACUAACCGCACUGAGUGCAGUGUUGUGUUCGAGACCACCUAAAGCGAGACAGAGUCAAGACCAAGACCGGAGGGGGGAGGGCAAGACCAAGUCAAGAACGGGACGAGUCCGAUUCAAGACCGAGACCAGAACAAUGCGAGUCCAAUUCAAGACCACCAUAAUAAGAGCUCAAAAUGUACAGUAUUUGAGAGUGCACAACUCUCAAACACUUUCCCCGUCUCCCCUUCUAGGGGAGCAAGGAAAUUCCGAAGAGAGCGACAAGGUUUGAGGAUAUGUUUCAACAAAAGUAAAGGACAGUAAUGUUUUGAGAAAAGCCAAGAGCCCAGGUUUUAAUAGUCUAUAAGAUAUAAAAUGUGUCAUGAAAGGAGUGUGGAUAUCUGGCCUGGCAAAGCGAAUUCAUGUGCUGACUGAAUAGGGGCUGAUAAUGAGUUUUAUCCUCCUGGUCUUGGCUGGACUCGGGAAUAAAUUACGAGUCCUCAUUGUCCAAGACCGAGUCAAGACUGAAUAAAAUGUUAUCAGAGACAAGACAGAGACACUCAAUGUGGUCUCGAGACCGGUCUCGAGUACUACAACACUGAUUGAGUGCAUACGAGUUCUUUUUUUUUUCUUCAUACUUGUCCCCCGUGUGACUCAAACCCACAACCCUAGCAUUGCAAGCGCCAUGCUCUACCAACUGAGCCACACAGGCUAGGCGUGACAUUUCUCACUCUAGAUUCUUGCUUUCUAGGGAUGACUCUGCAGAGGUCGACAUCUAUAACCCUCAGAAGAAUGAAUGGGACAAGAUCAGCCCCAUGACACAGGUAUGUGACACAUACAAGGUGCUAGUGUUAUGGCUUCCCACAUUUUCCCCUCAGCCUUUACAAUAGAAUUUAUAUCAAAAUAUGCACUGUUUCCUUCUUCAGGUCCAUGUAGGAGGCAGUGUGGCAGUCCUGGGUGGUCGUCUCUUCGUGUCUGGUGGCUAUGACAACACGUUUGAGCUGUCUGACGUGGUGGAGGCCUACGACCCAUCCACCCGUACCUGGACCCCCGCAGGCCGCCUGCCCCAGCCCACCUUCUGGCAUGGCAGUGUCAGCAUCUUCCGCCAGCUCAUGCCCGCCGUAUCCAACGCUUUCGAACCCAUCGACCCGCCCGAGGCUAACUCCAUCCACCUGCACCGACACCACCGCAACCAGGCCCUGCACAACCACAACCUCAACCAGAACCAUGACGUCAACCCAGUGUAA